UAACGUGUUCCGGUUUUAGUUGUACGAUAUUUUUUGAUCAACAAACAGGAUCCCUAAAAUGAAAACGUGUGUAAAUUAAAAGCUUUGUAUUAAUGGAGUGUAACGGAAACUGGACGGAUUCUGUGCGUCGAAUAGAAACACGAGGGUCUAUUGCUGGGAAGAGCUUUAGUGAGAGGGGAAGAAAAAGAAAUAUCUGCUCUUUUGCGCUUGAAUGAAACGUAAUCGUCUGGCUGUCUUCACACAAUUAAUCACCACAGAGGGAUUUGUGCAGAAUGGACAAGAACAGAAUUCACUACUGCUCAGAGUGUGGAAAGAGUUUUUUAACUCCGACUAUACUUAAAAUACACAUGCGUGUUCACACAGGAGAGAAACCAUAUUGCUGUUCACAAUGUGGAUGGAGUUUUAGACAACUAGGUCACUUAAAGACACAUCAGCGCAUUCACACAGGAGAAAAGCCAUAUCAGUGCUUAGAGUGUGGGAAAAGUUUUACAGGAUCAAGGUUUUUGAAAGACCACCAGCGCAUUCACACUGGAGAGAAGCCCUAUAGCUGCUCACACUGCGGAAAAAGUUUUACACUGUCAAGUUCUUUGUAUAAACACCUUCGCAUUCACACUGGAUUGAAGCCCUAUAGCUGUUCACACUGCGGAAAGAGUUUUACACAGUCAAAUUCUUUGAAUAAACACCUUCGCAUUCACACUGGAUUGAAGCCCUAUAGCUGUUCACACUGCGGAAAAAGUUUUACAAAUUCAAGUUCUUUGAAAAACCACCAGCACAUUCACACUGGAGAGAAGCCCUAUAGCUGCUCACACUGCGGAAAGAGUUUUACACAGUCAAGUUCUUUGAAAAACCACCAGCGCAUUCACACUGGAGAGAAGCCCUAUAGCUGCUCACACUGCGGAAAAAGUUUUACAGGAUCAAGGUUUUUGAAAGACCACCAGCACAUUCACACUGGAGAGAAGCCCUAUAGCUGCUCACACUGCGGAAAAGGUUUUACACAUUCAAGUUCUUUGUAUAAACACCUUCGCAUUCACACUGGAGAGAAGCCCUAUAGCUGCUCACACUGUGGAAAGAGUUUUACACAGUCAAAUUCUUUGAAUAAACACCUUCGCAUUCACACUGGAGAGAAGCCCUAUAGCUGUUCACACUGCGGAAAAAGUUUUACAAAUUCAAGUUCUUUGAAAAACCACCAGCGCAUUCACACUGGAGAGAAGCCCUAUAGCUGCUCACACUGCGGAAAAAGUUUUACACAGUCUAGUUCUUUGAAAAACCACCAGCGCAUUCACACUGGAGAGAAGCCCUAUAGCUGCUCACACUGUGGAACAAGUUUUACACAGUCAAGUUCUUUGAAAAACCACCAGCGCAUUCACACUGGUGAGAAGCCCUAUAGCUGCUCACACUGCUUAAAGGGUUUCACACAGUCAGAUUCUUUGAAUCAGCACCAUCGCGUUCACACUGGAUUGAAGCCCUAUAGCUGCUCACACUGCGGAAAGAGUUUUACACAGUCAAAUUCUUUGAAUAAACACCUUCGCAUUCACACUGGAGUGAAACCGUUUUACUGCUCACACUGCGGAAAAAGUUUUACACAUUCAAGUUCUUUGAAUAAACACCUUCGCAUUCACACUGGAGAGAAGCCCUAUAGCUGCUCACACUGUGGAAAGAGUUUUACAAGAUCAGAUCAUUUGGAAAAACACCUUCGCAUUCACACUGGAGAGAAGCCCUAUAGCUGCUCACACUGUGGAAAGAGUUUUACAAGAUCAGAUCAUUUGGAAAAACACCUGCUCAUUCACACUGGAGAGAAGCCCUAUAGCUGCUCACACUGCGGAAAGAGUUUUACACAGGAAAGUUCUUUGAAAAACCAUCAGCGCAUUCACACUGGAGUGAAACCGUUUUACUGCUCACACUGUGGAAAGAGUUUUACAAGAUCAGAUCAUUUGGAAAAACACCUGCUCAUUCACACUGGAGAGAAGCCCUAUAGCUGCUCACACUGUGGAAAGAGUUUUACACAGUCUAGUUCUUUGAAAAGGCACCUGCUUAUUCACACAGGAUGAAGCUAUAUGAAUGCUCACUAUGUGGGAAGAGCUUUACAAUUUCAACUUAUUUGAAAACGCACCAGCUUAUUCCCAAUGGAGAAAAAUAUAUUGCAGAUGACAAUAUGAAAAGUGUUGUAGAGAUUUAACUAAGAACAUUUAAAGGAAACAAAGAAAAUUGUUAAAAGGCAUCAGCAGAUUUAUACAAAAGUUCCCCAUGCAAAACAUAAUGGUGAAUAAUACAGAAACUGUCAAGAAAGCUUUCAGUUCAUGUGUACGUUAAUGUAACAUAAUGAAUAUAUAGGAAGGAUACAGUUUACAUUAAAAUGUUUUCCAAACCUGA